GGUUUUCUUAUCCGGGUUUCUAAUCAUGGCCGAAAGAUUGAAUGCUGUGGAAGAUGUAGAUAUUGAUGCCGAUGGACGAUUCAAGUAUGUGCUAAUUAAAGUGGAGAGCAGUGAUUCGUGGAAGUACAUAGUGCGAGGAUAUAAUUUCGCCAGUUACCAUGCUGAUGUUUUUGAUAAAGUGCAACCUGGAAUUGAAGGGAUAGGCUUGACCUGUGAGUGUGUUGGUGGAGGUCGCAUUCAGCACAACAGUGGAGAGAAGUCUAUUCAUGUUUACGGCUACUCUAUGGGUUUUGGACGAGCAGAUCAUUCAGUAACAGUUGAAAAAUUAAAAGAGAAGUAUCCACAUUAUGCAAAAAUUGAUUUCAGCAAUGAAGGUUAUUGAUUAGUCUAACGCCAAGCAUAUGGUUUUUGUGUGUUGACUUUGUACAUACCUACUUGUUCGUAGUAUGCUAUGGACAUAUCUUCUAAUAUACACAUAUUGUGUCUACUGACUUUUCUGUUUCUUUUUGUUGGUCAAGUGUUACUCAUACCUAGCUGCCAAUUGUCUCUGGAUCAG